CCUCAGUUUACCUUCACUCCUGCCUGUGUUAGGUUCACUGCUGGCGUGUUUGUCUGUCUGUCCGGUUGUCUGUCACUGUUUCUCUAAUUCUUUUGGUUAGUUUGCGCUUCAGUCCUCGCUUCUAUUCCUUUCUCCUCCUUUGCUUUCUCUCAUCCUCUGUCUCUCACUUUUUUUUCUCUUCAACUCCUAUUGACGUAGCAAUGGGCAAGAGGUUCAAACGGCUGGUGGAGGUGGUGAACAAGCCACACCUCUUUGGCGCCUUGAGGCAACAGGAGGAGGACGAGGAGGACUGGGAGCCGUCGAAGGAGGCGGUGAAGGAGGCUCGGGGGCUGAUCUUCACAGAGGAAGACUACGCCGAGACCAGAUGUGGCUUCGGUUCCUUUUCGCCCCAGUGGCUGCAGGUGCUGGCGAGGAAGGAGGCGUACCUGGCGGUGUACUGCAUGGUGGGGCUGGUGCAGGGAAUGUUUUUCUCCUACACUGUGUCUGUCAUCUCCACGCUAGAGAAGCGAUUUAAACUGACCAGCAAGCAGACAGGCACCAUCCUCUGCGGCAAUGACAUCUCGCAGGUGAUCUUAGCAAUGGUUCUCGGCUACUACGGGAACUAUGGCCACCGUCCCCGCUGGGUAGGUGUCGGGGUCUUCUGUACCGCCAUCAGCUGCUUCCUCGCCGCGCUGCCCCACCUGCUGUACGGCCCCGGACAGGACGCCCUCGACCUGGUGGCGGCAAUGAACGCUCACAGGGAUAACACGCUGGAGAACUCCACUAUCAGGGUGAAAAAGAUGGAGGUGUGUCACAGUUACUCGGGGGAAGCCUGCGAGGAGGGGGAGGACGGCCUACUGCAGAGUGGGAGCUCAGAAUACAUAGGGCCUAUCAUCCUCUUCUUCGUGUCGCAGUUCUUCGUGGGCAUCUCCAUCAGCCUCUUCUACAGCAUCGGCCUCACCUACCUGGACGACAAUGUCAACAAGAAGACCUACCCGCUGUAUUACUCCAUGAGUCUGCUGCUGAGGAUCCUUGGCCCCGUGCUGGGUUACCUGGUAGGGGGACGCUGCCUCUCUAUGUGGAUUGACCCCACACAGAGCCCCAACCUGAACCUCCGUGACCCGCGCUGGCUGGGGGCGUGGUGGUUGGGAUUUGUGUUCCUGGGGUGCGCCUUGACAUGUGUGGGUUCCCUAUUGUUCCUGUUCCCGCGCCGCCUGCCGGGAACGCUCACGAGGGAGGCGAAGAGGGUGGCGCGCUUGGCAGAGAAGGAGAAAGCUCAGGAGGCGGCUGCUGCUGAAAGAGGCGAGGAAAGAAAAGGAGAAACAAGAGGUCUGGAGUAUUUCGCCUCACUAGCCAAAGUCAAGAAGCAGGAGGAGGAGAAACCGACUCUAAGCAACCUGCGUGUCGCCCUGGGCCGUCUCUUCAGGAACAAGCUGUGGCUGGGGAACCUCUUCAACACAGUGGUGGUGGUGUUCGCCUACUCCGGCUACUGGAAUUUCAAACCCAAGUACCUGGAAAACCAAUUCAGGAGGAGCGCAGCAGAGGCCACCUAUUACACGGGUGUGGUGAGUUUGGCCUCCGUGUUGAUGGGCACCGUGAUGGGUGGCGUCAUCAUGCGGUGGGUGCGGCCGCGUCCUCAUUUCGUAGCGGCCUACAAUGUGUUCAUCACCCUGUUCGUGAGUGCAGGAUUCCUGGGGCUCAUGUUCCUCGGCUGUCCUAAACUGGACGUUGUGGGCCCCAUGGAGGGGUCCCCGGUGCCGCCCUGCUCCCUGGACUGCGGCUGCUCCGAAAGAUUCUCCCCAAUGUGUUCUGAGGACAACGUGACGCUCUUCUACUCCGCCUGCUACGCCGCCUGCUCCUCCGUGGACACCUUCGCUAACCCCGUGGUCUUCAGUGGAUGUGGUUGCAUCGACAACUCCACCUCCACCAUCUCUACUUUGGACUCUUACGCCUCCUCCACUUGGCCCUCCUCCCACCCUGUCUCCCCCGUGCAGGGCGAAAUGUUUGCGAGGGAGGGCGGCGGUGAUGGCUUCGGGGUGAGCGGUUACUGCCCUGAGCAAUGUGAGAGGCCCUUCUAUUACUACCUUAUCACGCAGAUCAUUAUCAAGACUAUCUCUUCCACGGGCAGAGUUGGCAGCAGCGUCUUGUUGAUUCGGUCAGUAGCGGACAAAGACAAGGGCCUGGCGCUGGGCACACUCACUGUCUUUAUGAGCCUCUUCGCCUUCAUUCCCGCGCCCAUCACCAUUGGGGCCAUCAUUGACUCGUCCUGCCUGGUCUGGGACACCUCGUGCGGCAGGACGGGGAACUGUUGGCUCUACGACAGCGACAAGUUCCGAACCAUUUUACAUCUGGUGCCCGCGAUGGUGGUCCUGCUGUCAGUGCUCGGGGACCUGGUGGUGUUGUGGUACAGCCGCAAGAUGGACCUGUACGGGGAGAGGGACAACUUGGAGCUUGAAGUCACGCCGCCCACCACUCCCACCACGCCCAUCACCCCGGACACGCCCUCGGCACCCUUGCUCAACUCCCCGCCUCAGCUAACACAGCCCCUGCCUGAUAACCUCAACAACAACUCCCAUCCACACUCCCUUCCACAUUCACGCCCACACUCUCGCACACACUCACUCACACAUUCACUCACGCAAUCCCGCACGCACUCCCGCAAUCCGUCCCAGGAGUCCGUACCGCUGUGCCCUCCUCCUGAGUACGAUUACGUGGACAGUUGAUUGGUUCGUAAAUAAGCGAUUCGAUCCUGUAUAUGGGGCGGUGUGCGAUCUGAUCCUCUUGCUGUAGUGUUUUGUGCGAUUUGUUCUUCCAUCCCUUCUUUCCGUUUUUUUUUUUUUUUAUUAUUUAUUUUUUUUUUUGGUGGGGGAGACAAGAGCGGGGAUUUGCUGUAUAUUAUUGCUUCUUCUUCCUUAUCCCUUCCUAUUCUCUCUUUUUUUUUUAAAUGUUGUUGUUUUUCGUUGUUUGGGCGGUUGUUUUUUUUUUCUUUUAGAUGUUUCCACUUUUUCUUUUUCUUAUUUUUGUU